AGAGAAAAAGUUCGUUAAAAAUCAGGUACAGUCCCUUUCAAGAGAUAUGGUUCUUAAAAUAGUCAGGGAUAAUAUGGAUCCUGGGGGAAUUACACGAGAAGAAAUUGGUGAGAUAAUUCCAGAAUACCUGACAAAUAUUAUCCAAGAAAACCAGAGAAGAGAUGGACAGCUUGAAUCUUUGAUUGGUGAAGUACAGAACAUAAUUGGACAGAACAGGGAAUAUGGGCUCAAUGUCAAGGAAGUCCAGAAUAAGGUUCGAAGUUUGGAAGAAAAUAAUUUAAAUGAGAAGUUUGGAUUAGAGCUUGCCACACUUAUCUCAAGAAUUGAAAAGAUUGAAAUAACUGGUAUCAGCAACAAUAAUACAAAACCUGUUUCUCUUCCUGACAACAACGCCUUAAAUGUACUGCAGUUGGAUGUUAACAAUAUCAAGACUUCAGGUUUAUUUGUAUUUAUAUUAUUGCAGUAG